GUAAUUAUUAUAGCACACUGAGUCUAUAUCACCUGACUGCUUUUAGAUUGGCUGGAUAUCAUGACAGCACAAAUUCAGUUGUGACAUGCAGUAUAAAGGCUGCAUUUAGGCAUAGAACUCGUUGUUCCAAACAAGUCUCACUGACAUCAGAAUCAAGAACAUAUAAGAAAUCUAGCUAUUUCAUUUUGCAACAAACUCAGUGGACAGUUCCUUCUGUUUCUUACUUUGUCAUUCUUACAGUAUACAGUGAAAAGAAUCAUGGCGAGUCAAGGUUCUAAUUAUAACCACGGUUAUAACACUCUCGUGGAAUGUUGCAGCCAAGUGUGUGGAGGACUCUCCAGCGACCCAUUGAAUAUUGCUCAAUCUCUUCACAGCAAAGGGUUUAUUUCUGCAGCACUUAUGGAAGAAGUACGUACACUACCUGGCGCAGACAUUAAAAAGGGAAACACACUGUAUACAGCUAUACUAAAAUGUGUUAAAGACUAUCGAAAUAGGUAUUUGGAGUUUAUCUCUGUACUAGAAGAAAACAAGAUCCUUCACAGUGAUCUUUUAACAGCUCUCCGGAAUACUCACCUCAAAAUUUGCAAUGAGUCAGUACAAGAAAAAGUCAAGAAUACCAGCAAAGCAAUUAAAACAGUUGAAUCGAUAGCUAGGGAGCUCGAAAUGUCCACUCAUUCUCAAGAGCUCGAAAGAAUCUCUUCAGCGUUAACAUCUGGCACAGUCCAAAUAGGAUUUGUUGGCUUAACUAAUGCUGGCAAAAGUACAACUGCCAAUUCCUUUAUAGGCUCGCCUUUUCUCCCAUCAUCGUUUCAAAGGCAGACGGUCAGCUCAAUCCGAAUUGUACACGAUCCAGCAUCUCCGAAUGGAGAACUUUUUGGAAGAAAAAAAUAUAGUGAUGGCUUAGUUCAUCUUGCAUCAGGCGGUAAAUCUGUUAAAUCAUUUCUUGCGAAACUGAAUAUCGAGGAUCGCAAAAGUGAGAUUCAGUACACUGAACUCAUUCUCCGUGCAUCUGUUGCUAUUUUAUCAGAGAUUGGACAAGCUUUUGCUCCUGAAAUUCUUGAUAUGCCUGGCACUAGUGAUACAUUUACUAGCCAAAAAACAACUGCUGCUGCAAAAACAGCUUUAAAAAGCCUAGCAGCCAUCAUACUCGUUGUCAGUGCCGAUGACGUAUCUAAGGGUGCAGUGACUGAGCUUGUUGAGGGUAUAAAAACAUUGCAUCCUGGCCUGAUGGAUAAACAAAACAGGAUGCUAGUGCUCAUCAACAAAUAUGACUUGUGCUACGACGGGAAUGAAUGUUCUUGGACUCCCGAAAAACUUCAAGAAGAAAUGGCUGAGCAAAUUGGAAUAUCAAUAGAGCAAACGGUAUGCUUCAGUGCUAAGUAUGCACAAGAAGCACAACAAUGGCUACGAGAUCCUUCUGCUGUAGACGAAGACAUGUAUGGAAAGAAGUAUUAUGAUUUACGAUCAACACCUGCAAAGGAUUCCAUUGGUUCUUUGAAAAAGUACACCCCAAAAAAUGUAAAGAAACUAGCUGAGGUUCUUGAGAAAUUUAGUCGAUUUCCAGAAGUUAAAACAAAGCUUCUGUGGGCACUCUGUGUUAAUGGUCCUGAAAUUCUUUUAGAGAGUGCUGUGGACGAUUGUCAUGGGGAAAUGUCAAAAAUGAAAGAAGCCAUUACCCAGAAAAAACAAGAAGUUGAUAUACAGGGUAAGGAAAAUAGUGUAGAGAAACAAAAAGCUCAGGUGGAAAAAAUUAAUCUCUUUCAAAACGCUUGUGAGCUGUCUAAAACUACUUUCCCAGAAAAAGUAGCUCAAUCUUUUGCUUUUCAACUGAAUACAGUUACUUCAAAACUUGAGAAUGACAUCAGCACACAAGCUUUCUUCAAAUCAAUAGGUCUUAAAAGACAGCAUGAUAAUGAAAAAUAUGUAUUGCAGUGUGUACAUGGUGCUCGACAAACCAUGCUUGAAAGCGCGAAAGACAAGGUAAACAAUACUUGGAUUGUUGGUAUUGCACAAAUGAAAGAAAUCUUAUCCAUAAAACUUAAAUCGAUGCUUAGCGAUCUCAAGCAAUAUUUAAUCUUACACCAGCUCACUGACCUCCUCGACUUAAGUGAUGUGGAUCCAAACAAACUACUAGACACCUUUGUAUUUCCAUCUGUCGAGCAACCAGACUUUGCGAAAUGCACAGCUAUCAGUGAUGAAGCUAUUAAACCUGCUAUCAGACGUUCUACGAAGAAAGUGCAGAAAAACGAGACAGCUUCCAAAGAAAUCCCGUAUUUCUUCUUUUUUAAAAUGAAGUUUGACUAUACCAAGGUUGUUGAUGUCCAAGAAAGGGUGUUCGAAAUAGAUUUUGAUAUACUUAGUACAGCAUUUAAAAAGCUUGCUUCAUUUUGUUCAAGUCAUGUUCAGAACUCUCUGCUGAAGAUCUUUAAAGUUGUAGCUAGCAACUUAUCUCAAGCACUUGGGUAUGAACUGCAGCAGCUAUCAAAAAAGCCAAUUCAGUUGAAAAAAAAUGAGCUAAAAGCAACAGAGGAAGAUUUUCAAAAGUCCAAAAAAGACGUCACAAAAUUGGAGAAUGCAUGCCAAGCACUUGUGGUUGCCGAUAGAAAACUUAGUGACUCCCUGUCUCCUGCUGGUAAAAAAAGAACACAUGAAGAGGCAUCGUCAUCAAUCAAGAAGCCUGCUCCCAAAAAACCAAAGACAUCCAAAAGGCACUGACACAGAUGCUAACAUUACCCAAACUGUACUUUUAAGUGACUUAUCAUAAUUGUGCGUGUAUAGGAGAAUUAUUUUUGUGUACCACUCAAUGUAUGCAUGUACAUUUA